AUGAAACUCAGAGCAGUCCAUUUUCUCAUCACAGAAUCUUCGGCUCUUUCCAAAUCUCAACUGAUGAGGGCUGUAUACUUUGCCAAUACUUCUGGUUGCCGAACUACACUACCAUCUACCAAAACUCCAUUGAAUUUCUAUAUUCGCGUGCUAUAUGGCAAACGUGUGGGCAUGUUGGUAGAUGUAGGAGAGGCAGCCGUCUUGGAGGAUCUCAAAGACUUGGCCAAUACGCAAACUCAGCCUUUGACUAAAGUCUGUUAUAAUCGCAGAGAGAAUCAUGAGAAUUGCGGCCGUGUAAUUGGUACGAAUAUCUUGCCAACUCGCCUCAUUGAUGUGGGAACUAUGAAUAACGAAAGCGUUCGGCUCACCACAACAAUGGAUUCCAUGGAACCCUACAAACAUCCAUACUUGAUUCUCAGUUAUUGCCGGGGUAGAGGAAACGACGUUGCAAAAACGACCACAGGGAAUCUUGAGGAUCGUCUGCGCAGCUUCAAUAUUGCUUACCUUCCUAAAACCAUAUAA